AAAAUUGUCCAUGUCAUGACUUGCCUCCACCAUGUGCUCACAAUCUCUCCCUCCAUCCCAUCCCAGAACAACUGGGUGCCCCGGCGAGGCGACCAGGGCCCAAAGACCAUCGACCAGAUCCACAAAGAUGCUGAGCUGGAGGAGCACAGGGAGCAGAUGAAGGUGCAGCAAGCCCUCAUCUCCAAGAAGGAUUCUGGUGGUGGCCCCGGAGGCAGGAUGGGCGGAGGUCCCGGGGGUCGCGGGGGCCCUCACACACCAGGCCGUGGCGCUCCUCCCCAGGACGAGGGCUGGAAUACAGUGCCCAUCUCCAAGAACCGACCUAUCGAUACCUCUCGCCUUAGCAAAAUCACUAAGACUCCUGUUCUCGACUUCAACAAUCAGUUGCUCGCUCCAGGAGGUAAAGGCACAUGGGGGAGCUGGGGUAAGGGCAGCAGCGGUGGCACCAGUGCCAAACCUGCAGAUUCUGGUGCAGAGCCAGGCGGCCGUCCAGCCACCAGCACUCUGAACAGGUUCUCAGCCUUACAGCAGCCGUCGUCCUCCUCAGGCCCCUCCCUGGACUCAGACAGACGAGUUCCUCAGAGAAACAGCUCGAGUCGAGAGCGCAGCGAUCGCUUUGACCGCUCAGACCGCUCCGAUCGUGGCAGCGAUCGAUUUGACAGACGGGAUGAGCGGCGGGACGACCGUGACAGAAACCGGCUGCAGGUCACCAAGCGCAGCUUCAGUCGGGAGAACGAAGAGAGGAGCCGGGAGAGAGAGCAGCGCGGGUCGGCCGAUCCUGUUCGCCGGGUAGCGAGCAUGACGGAUGACAGAGGCAGCAGAGAGAGAGCCAGGAGUAAAGAGAAUGCAGUCAAGCGGGAGACAGCUGCCACCCCUCCACCUCCCCAGACCCCCACCAAGCCUGCCUUGACCGAGGAGGAGCUGACCAAGAAGUCCACAGCCAUCAUCGAGGAGUACCUCCAUAUCAACGACAUGAAGGAGGCUGUGCAGUGUGUGCAGGAGCUGAACAGCACUCAGCUGCUCUUUGUGUUUGUACGAAACGGGCUGGAGUCGACGCUGGAGCGCAGCACCAUCGCCAGGGAGCACAUGGGCAUGCUUCUGCAACAGCUCAUCAAGAACAACCUCCUCCCAACACAGCAGUACUACAUGGGGCUUCAGGAAAUCCUGGAGGUGGCUGAAGACAUGGCGAUAGACAUCCCCCACAUCUGGCUGUACCUGGCAGAGCUGAUCACUCCCAUGCUCCAUGAGGGAGGCAUCCCCAUGGGAGAGCUUUUCAGGGAGAUUUCAAAGCCUUUAAUCCCUCUGGGACAAGCUGGAGUCCUGCUGGUCCAAAUCCUCACUUUACUCUGCAAAGGAAUGAGCCAUAAAAAGGUGGGCGUGAUGUGGAGGGAGGCCGGCCUCCGGUGGAAAGACUUCCUCCCAGAGGACGUAGAUGUCAACAAGUUCGUGACAGAAAAG